CGCGCUGUUAGCCAGGGGUACCGGAAGAGGCCGGGCAGCGGGGGAGAGCUGCAGAGGGAGGCGGAGCCCGUCACGCACGCCCAGGGAGGGCAGGGGGAGAGAGGGAGGCACAGUUAAGCGAGGAACGCGAGGAAGUGAGCUUGGGUCCGACUUGAGCUCUGGCUCAAGACCGAGACUGGUGGGCCAGGACCCCAAGCCGGCGUCACACCCCGUCUGAAGAAGACAGGCGGUCACAUGGCUUCGCCAUUCCUGCUUGCGGGAGCCACUACGGGCGACAGCGGCGGAGAGCUGAGCUCGGGGGACGACUCCGUGGAUAUGGAAUCCCUCCAGAGCCCGGAGACCGAGGCGUCCAGGAGGCUGACAGAGCUGUUUGAGAAGGCUGCCGCGCACUUCCGAGGCCUGGUUCAAGGGGCCAGCAGGGAGCAGCUCUUGUACCUGUAUGCCCGGUACAAGCAGGUCAAAGUUGGAAAUUGCAAUACUCCUAAACCAAGCUUCUUUGACUUUGAAGGAAAGCAAAAAUGGGAAGCAUGGAAAGCACUUGGUGAUUCAAGCCCCAGCCGAGCAAUGCAGGAGUAUAUUGCUGUAGUGAAAAAAUUAGAUCCAAGUUGGAAUCCUCAGUCACCAGAGAAGAAAGGAAAAGAAGCAAAUACUGGUUUUGGUGGGCCAGUUGUUAGUUCUCUGUAUCACGAAGAAAUCAUCAGGGAAGAAGACAAAAACAUAUUUGAUUACUGCAGAGAAAACAACAUUGACCAUAUAACCAAAGUCUUCAAAUCAAAAAACGUGGAUGUGAACAUGAAAGAUGAAGAGGGCAGAGCUCUACUCCAUUGGGCUUGUGAUCGAGGACAUAAGGAACUAGUCACAGUCCUGCUACAACAUAGAGCUGAUAUUAACUGUCAGGACAAUGAAGGUCAAACAGCUCUACAUUAUGCUGCUGCCUGUGAGUUUUUGGACAUUGUUGAGCUGCUGCUCCAGUCCGGCGCCGACCCCACAGUCCGAGACCAGGAUGGCUGCCUGCCGGAGGAGGCGACAGGGUGCAGAGCGGUCACUUUGAUGUUACAGCAGCACACGACUGGCAAGGCUUAAUCAAAAGACUGGAAACCCACAGUCUAUAACAGCACAGGGCUUCAGUGGUGAAAGAAAACUUCAAAAAUAACCCUUCUUUUGCCACCCCUCUUUGGUAUACACUGGCUAAUAAAAUCAGUUGUGAGAAACUGGG